AUUUAGACUUCCAUCGUUUAGUGUUUCCGGAAAAUAUGUGAUGUCAUAUCCAUGUUUAUAUAUUUUGUUGUGACAUACUGAUAAUCAUAAUAUGAGAAUUAUCAUUUGGGUAAAGAAAAUUGUGAAUGUGAUGAACUCAUGACAGAAAGUUAUAGGUAAUAUUAGAGCUGGAAAUGUCUUCCCUGACGGAGCAGAGUUGUCUGACUUCUAGCGAUUUUGUGUAUGUCAGCAGAGAUUCAUCAUUUCAGUCGACCAACGAAGAUUGUUCAGCACCCAAAAAUUUCAGAAAUUCUCUCCAGGAAAAUGGAAAUCCUGACUCUGCAUUAUCCAACAAAGAGCCUACUGGUAGUGUUGUUUUAGAUCCCAGGGUACUUCUUGAGGAUGGACUUAAAGACAGCAUUGGAUUUGGUCCACCUAAUGAAGAAGAAAGAACUGAUCAGGUAUUCAAUAAUUUCAAUGGCAGUGGUCAGGAAAGCUUUGCAGUCAUUGACCAGAGUCAAACAUCACCAGAAAAUUCUCCCAGGUCUCCAGUCGUGAAUCCACUGUUCUCCAAAGUAAUUGGAAACAUAGGUAGUAGAUUAGUUAAUUCAUCCGACUCUGUCUCUGUAGGUACAUUAACUCGAGAGAACCAGGGUCAACAGCCAACAGGGCAGAUUAUUGAGUCGAGAGAAAGCGACAUAUUUAGAAUGAGCACAACAGAGUCGAGUGAUAGUAUCAUAGUACUAGAGGAUGGAGAUUUCCAAAGCUAUGACCAGGUCUCUACAAGAUCAGAAACAUCAAAUCACAAUUUGGCAAAUGCUUCCCAAGGAGAGUCCAGCAAUGACAGAGAUUUCUCCUUGGUUUCAAAUGAUAGAAAUGUGAUUUCCAAUACAUUUCAAGCAGAUGGAGAAAUGGAGAAAGAGCAAUCUCUUCGACUUGAAAGUUUUAAUGGAUUUGAAUCACUGCUAAAUACUAGAGAUGAACAAAAUCCUGAAGAACCAGAAAAUGAAUGGAAUCAAAAUUCACUGGAAAGACCCUCCAAUUCUCCAGGUCACCAGAUGAAACAGCAUGUACCAAAUUUAUUUAGCAGAGAUAAUGCUGGAAGCAAGUCUAUUGAUUUUAAUCUGCCCAAUAAUAAGCUAUCACUUCGGAAGCCUGAUGACUUGAAGAGUUUUGAAGUACCGAGAAACUCCCUAGAAUGGUGGCCAGAAGAAAUGAAAAAAGCAAAGUCUGAGCCAGAUUCCUUCAGCUCCUACCAAAUGUUGCCUGAAAAUGUUGGUGCCUCUUUAGAAACAGUCUGCAGUGAAUCCAUUGAUACUUCAGUAAAGGACAUUAUUCCAGAAAACAAUUUAAAGUCAGGGGAAUCAACAGAAAAAGUUUUUCAAGAAGACAUCAGACCGAUGCCAUGCCAGUCCUCAUCAGCUAAAGUUGAAACAUCAUUGUCUCUGCAGUCUUUCCCAGUGUCAAGAACCUCUGAAGAAAAGGAAAGUCCUCACAAUAACAGAAAAGGUACCAGUUUAAAUGUAGAGCAAACAAAAUUGAUGAGUUCUCUUGGCCUUAGUCAUGAUCAAGAAGAGUGUAAGAAAACAUCAUUGGAUGCAGAGCAAACAGAACCAUUGAGUUCUCUCUUCCUCGACCAUCAAGAAGAGAUUAAAGAGGAGAUUAAGAAAACACCAUUAGACAACCAAAAGGGGAUGCUAGAGAAUGCACCACUAGUUACAAGUUACGGAUGUGUAGAGCAUUCGGAACUACCACCAGUGAACCAUCAGAACACGGAGAAGGAUUCUGAUUUAUUUGGAGCUGGAGAUGACAGAAGUAAAGAACAAGUCACAGAUCAAUGGAGUUUCCUGGUCCAAGAGGAAGAGGCCCAGUAUUGCAGAACACAAUCAGCUAUUGAACAGACUCUGAAGAAAUUUGUCCAUGAAAAUGGUUCUAUUGGUCGAGAGGAUAUAGAAAAUGUUUCAAAGUUACUUACUGAUGUUUUGAUGAGUAAAAACAUUAUGAGGAAAGAAAUUAAGAAAAAUCAGAAAAUGGGCACAGAUGAAUGUUUCAUUGAAAGCAUUGAUAGCCCAGAAAGUGAGACCUAUGUUAUCAAACCAAUUAAAUUUGAUGGACAGAUUGAAGCCACAGGUGGAGAAAAUGGAGAUUUCCAACAACUACAGAGUAGCCCAACACUGUCGUCAACUCCUCAGCAGUAUAUGCAUAUGGAAAAAGUGGACUUGGAAGGCCACUCAUUGGAGGUAGAUUGUACAGACACAACACAGAAGAAAAAGGCUGAAGAAUUGGAGGGGAUGACAUCAGGAUCAGAACACUCUCAUACCAUUCCAGUCUCGAGUAUAAAGCUUAGACUAUUAUCCAUGUUGGAUGGAAAAACUGUUCUUGAAGAAAAGUACAAUGUUACAUUGGUAGAAAAAUUUGAAGACCAGGCAGUAGAUAUAAAAGGCUCAAAUGAAAGUAUACAGUUGGCUAUCAAAUCGAUUCAAAACAACGAAUGGCUUGGGGGUUUUUCCAUGAGGACUACAAAAUUGCAUCCUUUAAUACUUGAUCUUUUAUGCCAUGAUGCAGUAGUGCAGUAUCUGGAUCAGGAAAUACUUAGUGGACUUGGUGUUAGGUUUUGUUGGUUGCCAAAUGUUGAGAAUAACUACCUGAUUGUGUAUUCUGACACUGAGCAAAAUGUAACUAAGGUGCUGACAACCAUAUUAAAAACUGUGGAACUAAAGUGCAUUCCUAAACCCAAAGACUUGACAAAGUUAACACAGAAAAUGAGUGAUUUAACACAGAAGUACCAUGGAAGAAUUGUCUGGUCCGUAAUGCAGGAUUCUGUGUACAUAGCAUGCUGCAGUAAUUUGAACCAGGAUGUGAACAGCUGUUUGCAGUCAUUUGAAGUCAAGGCUAAACCAGAAGAAACAGAAAAGUUUGUGGAAAUUCAUGAAGAUGUGUUUUCCUUCCUGAAAAAGAGGAAGAUGUUUGAAAUUGAAAAAAUUGGACAGAGACAUUGUGUGGGCAUUGAAAAAGGCCCUGGAUCUACUCCUGGAUUUGUUAUCAUAGGAACACAAGAAAAUAUCCAAGCUGCUGUAGGUCCCAUCUUGGAUUUGAGGGACCAAGUUUCAACCACAAAAAUUGCCAUUAAGUCACCUGGAGCAGCAGAACUUUUUAGAAUGAAUGACUAUGCUUUAGUGAGGUAUUUGGAACGGCAUCAUUGUUGUGACAUUCAGACGGAAGAUUCUGAAAUAUCGUUUGUUCAGAAUGGAGGAAACCAAGCCACGGCAGCUCCUAAAGGAAGGCAGGAUGAUUUGGAAUUUUAUGCUUACAGAAUUAAAGAUCAAAUAGAUGUUCAUAUAUUUCGUGGUGACACCUCUGAGGCAGAAGUUGACAUGUUGAUUGAACCAGCAGAUCGUUUGGAGAAAACUCCCUAUGGACAAAGCAGAUUUUUGUAUGUAGAAAAACUUGAGAGAAAAGCAGCCAGGGUUGUUGUUCCUAAAUGGAACACAGGGUCAGGAAAAGUGAAGCACGAACUGGUCGACAUGUUGGUGGAUCUAUUUGAAGACCUACAGAAAUAUGGCCAUAAAUCUGUGGCCUUACCUAUGAGAAGCUUCAAAGACUGGCCACAUGGGAGGCUGACGAAAGCCAUCAUCAUGGGACUUCAAACUCACAUAGAAAAGUACAGAAAGGCCUGUUGUCUGAAGCGUGUGACCUUGUGUGACCCUGAGACAGAAAUCUGUGCCCAGAUCUGCCAAGUGUGUGUGGAUGCCAUGGGGGACACAAUCCGAAAGGUGUUCACCCAGCCCCGGGGGAAGAGAAGAAAGGGACUGACCAUUAAGCUGGUCAAGGGAGAGAUAGCCAAUCAGAAGAGAGAAGCUAUUGUAAAUACAACAUCCUUGCACUUGGAUUUGGACUCUGGCAAGGUCUCAAGAUCCAUUCUUAGAAAGGCAGGCCCAUGCAUUCAGGAUCAGCUCCGCAACUAUCAUCCAAAGGGCAUAACUCAGGGAGAGGUGGCGGUCACUAGAGGAUUCAGAUUGGACUGUCGGUUUGUGUAUCACGGAGCGCUGGACUACUGGCCCAGUACACAUGAACCAGAGGUCAAGAAGGCCCAUUGUCUGGAGAUGCUGGAAAAAUUUGUUAAAGAGUGUCUAAAUCAAGCACUUCAGAAAGACCUGAAAAGCAUAGCAUUUCCAGCCCUGGGCUGUGGAACCUUAAACAUGCCCCCUGUCAGAGUGGCCCAGAAGAUGUUCCAGGUCUUCCGACAGUUUGAGCAGGAUCACCCCAACUCCUCGCUGACAGAGAUUGACAUUGUGAUCAUUCCUACUGAUAUGCAGAUCUUCAAGGAGUUUGACAAAGAACUGAGGAGGUAUAAGAAAGACAAGAUUAGACCAGUCAGUAGAGAACCGACAUUGUAUAGACAGAACAGUCUCCCAGCUCAAAGUGUCUCAGACUUUAAUCUGCCUGGAAGAACAGAGUUUACCUGUGAGGUGAAUGGAAUAACGUUGACGGCUGCUCUCGGUGAUGUCACCAAACAGCACGGAUAUGACGGGCUUGUGCGACUGUUUACCAGUGAUAAUCCAUUUUCCACUGAUGCCAGUAAUGAUCCACUUCUUAGAAGUAUGGCAACAGGGACUACAAAAGCAAGCGCAGACCCAAGGACCUUAUCGUACAGUAAGAACUUUGUGACCCCUGCCGCUGACCUCCCACAGAAGAAGAUUGUACAUGUCCAUGCCCGUCAGGGGGGCCUCACCCAGGCUGUCCUCACCGCUCUCAACACAGCGGAAGGGGAGGGGGACCUCAAGUCACUGGUCAUCCCAGCCAGACCAACCGACCCACUGUGUGAGGACCACCGGGCUUUUGUGUCCUCAGUCUACCAAGCCGUGGCCAGACACAGGCACCAGACAUUCUGUACCGGCCGCGUAAAGAAGGUCAAAAUCUGUGUCACAGAACAAAAGGUCUUCAAUAGAGUCCUGGAGGAGCUACAGUCUCAGAGUGCACAAGGUGAAACAACCUUGCAGAGUUUAGGAUUGGAUGCUGACCAGCGAUUAAUGACCUUGAGAUUGACAAUUUCAACUGACGAUCUGGAUCAUGUGACUGCUAUCAUCAGAAACAUGGAGACUUCUCCUGAGAAGUUCGUAGAUUACACAAUGGAAGCAGAGAGAGAAAUAUCCGAUGUACCUCAAGAUGUAUACGAGGCAUUUCUCUACUUCUACCAGAGAGAUUUGCAAACGGAAUUUAAUUCAGUGAAUAUAACUUAUGAUGGAAGGAGAUCAAAGAUAGUUUUGGUUGGGUCCUGUGAAACGCUUGAACAGACGCAGGCAUUGCUAAGACAGAAGCUGCAGGAGUUGACAGAGAGGAUGCAUGUAGACACCAUUCCUUUACCGAACCUGGAAAACCCAGUGUUACAGUCCAUUGUCAGCAAUGUUCAGCCACAGUGUACAGAUGUCCUUCUAUUUAUCCCAACAACUGCUGAGCAGUGUAAUGGCAUUCAUCUUAUUGCUAUGUCUUCACAGGAUGCUUCCCGAGUAAAGGAUUUGAUUUUGAAGAAGAUAUCGCCAGAAUUUAAGACCUCUCCUCAAGAGAAUAUGACUUCAAGUCUUGCACAAAGGCAGGCACCAACCCCAGUAGACUUUAGAAACGAUGUGUCCACUUUUAUUACAGACCAGGAUAUACAAGUUUUUGUUUAUGAAGAGAACAUUCUACAGCUCCCUGUAGCAUGUAUAGUUAAUGCUGCAAAUGAAUAUCUGAAGCAUGGAUCAGGGGUAGCAUUUGCCCUACUGGAGGCAGCAGGAGAAUCUUUUGAUGAAGCAUGCAAGGCACACAUCAGGAGAAAUGGUCUCGUAAAGACAGGGUCGUGUGCAGCCACAGAGGCUGGUGAUUUACCGUACGCUUACGUCAUUCAUGCUGUAGGGCCCAUAUGGAACUCCGCUAAGGCUGAGGACUGUAAAACUCUUCUCCGCUCUGCUGUGGAGUCCAGCAUACUAAAAGCCGCGGAACUAGGAAUGAACUCUGUGGGACUCCCAGCAAUAAGUUCUGGUAUCUUUGGAAUGCCAGUAGAUGUCUGUGCCACUCAGUAUGCCCAUGCUGUGAUAUCAGCCAGUGCCAAAAUGAAAGGAUCUUCUUUACGGGAAAUCCAUUUUAUUGACAUGUCUCAUGAAGUUGUGGUUGUUAUGAAGCAAAUAUUCUCUAGCAUUUUCAAUGCAUCAACAAGCUCAAUUCCAGAGGUAUCCCUCUCUGUUGGUUCAUCGUCACUGAGACCUGAUAUGAAUCCAAUGGGAGUCUCCAGACUUGGAUUCCAGAAAUCCAGCAUGACCCAGAGAAGGAAUACAGAUCAUCAGCUAUAUCAGCUGACCAAUGACUUUUCAGUGUGUGUGUACUCGGGAAAUAUCGUCCGGUCAGCAACUAAUGCAAUAGUCUGUAUGGAAGAUAAAGACAUCAGACAUAGAGAUCCCUGCUCUAAAGUAAUCGCCGACUUUGCUGGAAAGGAAUAUGAGACCAAUAUAGCGAAAUAUAGACAACAGAGCCUCAAACCUGGUGAUGUUCUUGUGGUGGAUGCUGGGAGGAAUUUUGAUGAAACUGUGGAAAUAUAUCUGGCAAUAGGUACAGAUAGCGCUGAGAAUGAAGAAGAAUGGGUGAAGACCAUAGAUGACUGUAAUGCCAAGAUUUUACAGAAAGCUUGUGAUCAACAAAUCUACCACAUGGCUAUGCCUUUACUGGGUGCAGAUGCAAACCCCAGCUUCCUGCUAACUUUGACAACCAAUUUAGUGAGGAGAAUCAUUGAGUUUUCAACUAAAAGACCCCCAGAAUGUAAGCUUAGUUGCAUUCACAUUGUAAACUUUAGAGAUGAAUCCACUCUAGCUAUCAGAAAAGCCUUGAAGCAGUAUAUACCAAUGAAUUUGGAGAGAACUGGAAAUGGAAACAUAAAAAGAACCACCCUUAAGGAUUCCUUUUUUGCUGAAAAUAUUGGAGAAGUUUCAAUGGAAGCACAACAAAAUGGUCCAGCUGCUCUUGUGGUUGAUAAUGGAAAGUUGCAGGGUGCAGAGGCAAGCCAGGCACCAGAGCAGACGACACCAAAACAGAGGACAACUGACAAUGCUGCAGAUGACGGUGAUCAUCAGUGUGUUAUCUGCUUGGAGUCACUGGAUAAAGAACACAAAACUCUGCAGAAAUGUAAGCACAAGUUCUGUGCUCCCUGCAUAGACAGACAGUUCGAACACAAGCCUGUGUGCCCGACUUGUGGAGAAAUGUAUGGAGUUGUCACCGGAAACCAACCCAAGGGCACGAUGAAAGUUGAAACAGAUAACACAAGCCUUCCAGGGUAUCCCAAGUGUAAUACACUUGUGAUAACUUAUGAGUUUCCAGAUGGCAUUCAAGGGGAGGAGCACCCCAACCCAGGAGUUCCUUACCGUAGGGAGAGGAGGGUCGCCUUUUUACCAGACUGUCCCCAGGGUCAGCUGGCCGUAAAGCUGUUAAGUGUGGCCUUUGACCGACGCCUGGUGUUCACCAUCGGUUACUCCCGCACCACUGGGCGGGACAAUGUGAUCACAUGGAACGACAUCCAUCACAAAACUAACAUUCAUGGUGGACCUCAGCGGUUUGCUUACCCCGACCCCCAGUAUCUGGAAAGGUUGAUGGAGGAGCUCGCAGCAAAAGGGGUGACCGAGAAAGAUCUCCGAAGUGUGGAACAGGAACCAGAACUCCGUGAUCCUACACUUGAAUGACAACAAACUUGUAAAUAAUGGAAGAAACACUACUGCUUACUAGUAAUUACUAGUAUAUUUGAUUCAAACAUAAUUUAUUGAAUAUGUAUAAGACAUAUACACACGGUAAGGGCACUAAUUCUUACAACUUCUUACGAGGUCUUUACUGUUAAUUUAGAAAAUUGUACAAAACUGUUAUAACAUAAUAUGAAUUUGUAAUUUCAAAACAGAAAAAUAAGUUAUAUCCAGAGUAUAAGAAACGUGUAAUUAUAAUGAGGGUUUGAGGUAAGAGGGAGGGUGUGCUAUAAUCUUGUGCUACACACUGUGACCCAGCUUUUCUUUUUGAUGAGUUUAUUUUACAAUUUUACCAGUGGUAAACUGCUUCACAAAGAAUUGUUUUGCAUCUGCUCUCAAAGAGGGGGGGAUACUUUAAACAUAUUUUACUUCACAUGUAUGAUAUUUACGUAAGCCCGUAAGUGCCACAU